UGAGACUGCGGCGAGGCAGAGGGAGAGAGAGAAGAAGAAGAAGAAGCAUUCCGACACACUAUCUCCCGGCUCCAGUAAGGAAGCGAGCGGCAGGCUACAGCACACCCGAAUCGAGGCAGAAGGACGCCAGCUGAUAAUGAGAUGGAGCUUGUUGGAAGCUACCACAAACUGACCCACGGUGACCACUUAGACUCUGGAAUAUUUGAAAGCGAGCACAUCAGGAGCAGGAAGGCGGAUCGAGGGGGCUUCUUGGACAAUGUUAUUACUGAGCAGGUGACCACUAAAGUGACUUCCCUACCUCCAAGAGCCACGUAUAGCUCCAGUUCCUUGUCUCGGCGGACGGGAGCAGAUGUCAUCGGAUCGUCCAAUAGCUACCUCGUAGGGACCGGACGAAGCUCCUCCGGGGGAUAUUCCCGCACACGGUUCCCGAGCUCCUCAUACUCAGUCUCACCAGACACCACACUGGAGCGUAAAACUGCCUUCUGCCGGAAUGUAGGAUACGAGGGAAGUUCCAGUGGGAAUUCAUCCCCCGAACUCACCAGAAAAGACUUCAGUACCAGGGGCAGGAGUCAGAGUCGAGAGAGCGCGAUCCGAGCCCGGCUGCAGAGCGCAUCGCCCAACGGACGCUGGACAGAGCUAGAAGACGUGAAGAGAUUGCUGAAGGGGAGUCGAUCAGCCAGCACCAGCCCUCCGCGGUCAGCCCCCAACACCCUGCCCUAUCCCAAAAAGGCCGUCGUAGAGACGAAGAUAGUGAGCGCCAGCUCCCAGUCAGUGUCUGGACGAUACGACACCGCACUCCUGGACCCGGCUUUGCCCAGCUUCACCUGGACGUCGACGGUGCCUCCGCUGGGCUCCAGAGUGGGACUGACAGAGUACCGAAACAACCUGUCCACCACCGGUACACAGGUGUUAACCACAUCGGGGUCCUCCGCUGUCAUAGCGCACGGACUCCAGAACAACAAAGCGACUGUCCCGGCGACGUCGAGUGUGGCGCUGACUACCUCAACCGUCCAGGGAGUUCAGAACAAUUUGGUAUCCAACACCGGUACACUCAGUUGCUCCUCACAGACCCUCGGCACUCAACCCCAAGUCCUCGGGGUGCAGAAGAACCAGGUUUCCAACUCGAGUGCGGUCUCCACCAGCCACAACAUCUCAACAGUGAGCCCGCUGAGCUCGGACAACCUGCUUCAGAAGGACUAUAAGUUUGUGCUGUUGGAGAAGGAGAACGCACCACCGCGGAAGGAGACGGAGCUUCUGAUCAUGACCAAGGACAGCGGCAAACUCUUCACCACCUCGUCCAGUGCUUUCACCGCCGCCUCCGUGGAUGAAGCCUUGAAGAAGGAGCCAGUGGUGUUGACCAGCAUAUCAACCAACAAAUCCCAGUCAAAUGGAGGCAUGGCGACUAAGGACAAAGCGACAUAUGCGGAGAUCCGCUCGGACGAGGAGAUGGACACUCUCCCCGCCUGGUGUUCCUGCUGUCGCUGCUGUUCGUGGUGGAAGUGGCUGCUGGGACUCCUGCUGGCCUGGUUGUUUCUGCUGGGGCUGCUCUUUGGCCUCAUCGCACUGGGGGAGGAGAUGCGGAAGCUGAAGGAAAGGGUCAGUCAGCUGGAAUCGCCGACCAACCUGAAACUGUCCAGCGAGCUCCGGCCCGCGGACAUCCAGGCAACACUCUGGGAGAAGGUCUCGGCCAAGCUGCAAUCCCAGGAAUAUCAAGAUUCGAUAAGAGGCCAUCGAGGGGCACCAGGGGUUAAAGGUGAUGCAGGAGUCCCCGGAAUACAAGGUCUGCUAGGUCCACGCGGGAUUUCUGGACAGGACGGGCAGAAAGGACAAAAAGGAAGUGCAGGAGAGCACGGAGAGAAGGGAGCGAGAGGCCCUCCGGGCAAUUCUGGGUUCACUAUGAAGGGCGAGAAGGGAGAGAGAGGGGAUGCAGGAACACAAGGACACCCAGGAAUGAAAGGUGCAAUGGGACAACAGGGAGCUCCUGGCCAUCAAGGUCCUCCCGGAACACCUGGCUUCAAGGGCGAUCCUGGAGCUCCAGGUCCUAAAGGUGACAGAGGACCAAGCGGCUCUCCUGGAUCCAAAGGUGACACAGGAGAACGAGGAUCUCGCGGGAUACAGGGUGAAAGUGGUCCUCGGGGACCGCCUGGGGCCACAGGAGAGCCUGGCCAGAAGGGUACAACUGGUGCAGAUGGAAUCCGUGGUCCCCGAGGUGAACAAGGACCCCGAGGGUUACCGGGAAUGCCAGGAGACCCCGGAUCACCUGGCGAGCCCGGAACUCCAGGGAAGGUCAUCAGUUCUGGAGCGAAUUCGUUUAUAUCAGGACCCCCUGGACCGCCUGGACCUCCCGGACCCCCAGGCCGAGCAGGUGAGAGUAUUAUUGGACCCCCGGGUGCAGAGGGACCUGCAGGCCCUAAAGGAACCUCAGUGGCCGGACCUCCUGGACGCCCUGGACCCGCCGGACCCCCGGGACCCCCUGGACCACGAGGACACCAAGGACUCCAGGGAUAUAAAGGUGAGCGUGGUCAGCCAGGAGAUCCGGGCGCCCCUGCACAGGAUGGAGAGAGGCUCACUCAAGGGCGUCCUGGACCUCCAGGACCACCUGGACCACGCGGAUACAAGGGAGACAAAGGAGAACGAGGGGACGUCGGAAUCCCAGGUGCUCCCGGAAUUCCCGGGCGAUCUGCAGUCGUUACUGGCAAUGGAGGAAGUACCCAGGGACCCCCAGGACCUCCUGGUCCCCCAGGUCCACCGGGAGUCUCUGGCAAUGUCAGGCAGCUGGUGAUGGAGACGCUGCAGUCCGAGGGUGUCCGGAACUCCUUGUCCGGCCCGCCUGGACCACCAGGGCCAAAGGGUGAUCGUGGCACACUGGAGCGACACCAGUACCCGGAGAUUGCCAGCCACCUCAUCGGCUACAUCCGGGAUUCAAGGCUCGGUGUGGGACAGCGAGGGCCUCCAGGACCCCCAGGACCCCCAGGGAAACUCUCCGGCGCUGACCUGAUGAUCUACCUGCAAAGGCCGGAUGUUCAGCAAUACCUGCGAGGACUCCAGGGACCUUCUGGCUCAUCAGGAAACGGGAUCAGUCGUGCCGAGCUGGAGGCUUAUGUCACGGAUUUCAGCAGAAGUUGGUUGGCCGGAUCAGGACGCCCAGGACCUCCGGGACCUCCCGGACCUCAGGGACCACCAGGGUCUCUGUCCGUAUCCAGGGAUCUCACAGACUUUCUGCAGGAUGAAAACGUUCGGAGAUAUUUGAAGGGACCUCCUGGACCACCAGGUCCACAGGGUCCACCCGGGAGCCCAGGUUACUUGGAGAGGGAGAGAGUGAGAGACGCACGGCUGGAUUACGGAGACAUCGCCCGCCGGCUGCAGGACUACCUGAGGAGUUCUGGUACAGUCCUCCAGGUGCAAGGACCCCCAGGACCUCCAGGAGCACCAGGAACAUCAGGUUCCAUGUCCAGUGCUGAGCUGUUGGCUCUGCUACAGAGUCCUCAGUUCCGUGGGAUCAUUGGACAACCUGGACCACCUGGACCACGGGGUUUACCAGGCCCCGCAGGACCUCCCGGACUUGGUGGAGGGAACCUUCGUGUCGAAGAUGUUCUCGCCUAUAUUCAGAAUUCAGGUUACAGUGUGAGAGGCCCCCAGGGACCUCCUGGGCCUCCUGGACCCCCAGGGAGUGGUUUCAAUUCCCAGGACCAGCAGCAACUCAGGAGUGAGAUUAUUAAUUAUUUCACAAGUGACAGGAUGAGGCCAUACAUCACGGGCCCCCCAGGACCUCCAGGCCACGUUGUAAUCUCUGAACUGGCCCCACGACUUCUCCAGUACAUGCGAGACAAUGGGCUGAUUGAUUCCCAUGUCGUCACUGGUGGGGGUUCAGGGCAUAAUGGACACCUGUGGCGAGAGCGAACUUACGGAAAUGGCACAGACUUCGAGAACUACAUGAGAGAUAAUGGCUGGACAAGUCACACAUCCCACACUUCGUCCCGGAGCUCGGGCGCGCCUGGGGUAACCAGCUGGCUUCAGUUCGAUUGGGAGAAAGUGUUCAACGGGAACAGGACAGCGUAUGAGGAAUUCCUGCGAGACUACGGCUGGGCAAUGCACGCAUCCCACGGCUCGGGGGCAUCCAACCACAGACAGUUCGAUUGGGAGAAAGUGUUCAACGGGAACAGGACAGCGUAUGAGGAAUUCCUGAGAGACUACGGCUGGGCAAUGCACGCAUCCCACGGCUCGGGGGCAUCCAACCACAGACAGUUCAAUUGGGAGAAAGUGUUCAACGGGAACAGGACAGCGUAUGAGGAAUUCCUGAGAGACUACGGCUGGGCAAUGCACGCAUCCCACGGCUCGGGGGCAUCCAACCACAGACAGUUCGAUUGGGAGAAAGUGUUCAACGGGAACAGGACAGCGUAUGAGGAAUUCCUGAGAGACUACGGCUGGGCAAUGCACGCAUCCCACGGCUCGGGGGCAUCCAACCACAGACAGUUCGAUUGGGAGAAAGUGUUCAACGGGAAUAGGACAGCGUAUGAGGAAUUCCUGAGAGACAAAGGAUGGGCGAUGCACGCAUCCCACGGCACCGCAACAUCCAACCGCAGACAGUUCGAUUGGGAGCAACUGUUCAAUGACAACAAGGAAGCUAUUGAGGAAUACCGGAGAGGUAGCAGAACACACCGUACAUCCUCCAGCUCCUCCAACCGUUUGGGUGGUCCUGGAACCCAAGGCAUUGCUGACAGCACACACCACACGUCCCAUCGAUCCAGUGCUUCCGGGGCACAGUCAUCAGUGUGGAAGGAGGAAACAUACAGGAGUGGCAAUAAGCUGGAGGACUUGAGGAAAGAUCACGCCACACACAGGCGGAGCCGCAAGAGAGCAGCUGCCCUCAAGUAGAUCACCAUCUGCGAGACAAUUCUCAGGCAGUGGUUCGCUCCUGGGCCCACUCUGGAACACAGCAGUUUAACGUCAAAGAAAAAAUGCAUGCAUAUUUCUUCUCUUCUAAUACCGUGGGGUUCUACUAUCCUUCCGUCCUAGCCUGGGGUUCUGAUUAUCUAAUGGAAACUGGUUGACAGUGACUGAUCGUUGUUACUUCCUGAGGGGAUCACCAUGCCGCUGACUAAUGAUGACGUGGCAACAUCUCUCCCGAAGACCCAGGGAUCAGUGUGGGACAGCACCGGCUGAAGAAUGACAGCCUCUUCCCCUCCCCACACAAGCCCAGUGCAAGGAAGGGCCAAGACAUCACUUCCCCCACCUCCCUCCAUCCCAUCCCCACACUCUGAUGUCAAAAGUCAGGGAGAAAGCCCACUACAUCCGGGGAAGCCGGUAACUCUGGAAUUCCAGCUCCUCAGCAGGUUUCCAGUCAGAGGAUGAUUAGGGGAUGAGAUGGUAGAGUGGUGCAGAACAUGGACAAUCAACCAGUACAAAGCCUCAGCAGAGCGGGCUGGUACCAUCUCACACAGCCUCCCUCUGUCAACGGCCUCUGGCUGAGACAGUCUGUCUGUUUACAGAAAGAAGGGGACAGACAGGUUUUCAUGGAUGAGAGAGUCUCCGACAAGGGGCAUGGUUUCAGGACAAGGUGAUGGUACAUAGGAACGAACAUGUUCUAAUAGAGUACAGGGAUUCUGGAAUUUUCCAGCUGAGUACUGAGGAAACUUGGAACAACUAGAACAGAUGAGGACUUUCUUUAGCCAGAAGGUAGUGAAUCUCUGGAUUGCGUUGUCACAGGUAUUGUUAUUAGAAACAUUUAAAGUGAAGGUUGGUAAGUUCUUGACUAGUAAGGGUGUCAAAGGUUAUGGAGAGAAGGCAGAAUGGGGUUGAGAGGGAUAAUAAAUCAGCCACGAUGGUGGAGCAGACAGGCUGAUGUCUUCUGGAGUGUGUUGUGAAGACUGGAACAGAGGUAUUUAAAGAGGAAGGAAAGGUCAGGGUCUAAGGGCGGUGGGGAGCUGACAUCUGAGACCCACGUAGAUCAGCUAUGAACAUAACGAACGGCAGGGCAGGUCUGAUGGCCAACACUGCACCUAUAACCUGCAGAAGGAUGUAGGGGGUGCACAGCCAUUCCUGAGGUGGGGUUUUGAGGGAGUAAAGCUGAGUCUUUGCCUUCAGUCACUGCCCUGGUCCUCCCUCCCCUUGGGCUCUGAGCUUGCUGGAAGCUUUCUCUCUGCUGGUGACGUUCCUGCGUACAUUUGAUUUUUUCAGCUUGCCUUGUUUAAAUUAUAAAAAUUUGGUUUUGGAAUAAACAUUUUAAGAAAGAAAUUGGAGGUAAUUUUUAACAGCCUGCUCUUGAUGAGAUCUCUGUGUGGAGGGACUCCUAUCUGAUCCACUGAAGUCAGAUCUGAACUUGGAACUGAUCAGAUUCGAAUGUGUCAAUGGGUGUCUGAAGGUGGGGAUCCAGUCAGGCAGAGGGUGAGGGGGUGGUGGGAGUCACACCGUCACAGAGCUGCGGCCCCCUUGGACCGCUCAGAAUCACUCCCCCCAUCCACCCAUUCCCAUCUGAGAGUACAGAGCCUGCCUCAUCCUCCUGGGCCCAUGCGCGCUGGCUCCACUUACCACCACAGCCUGGGAUAUUGCCAGGUUUUAUAACCUGCAGAGAUAGGAGCUAAAAUGCCUGAUGAAGCAUGCUGCAUCUCCUUGUUCCACCUGGACAGGUCUGGGAACCGGUCAUCAGUGGAGUUCUGUGUUCCAGGUUGAAAUUCCCACCAUUCUGAUAUGACAGACGCCGGGCAGGGUGACCGAAGCAACUCCACACAUCAUUCCAACCCCGCUGGUAGUCAGUUCACAACAGGAAGCCAGGGAUCUCCUCAGGGACCUGCACACAGCCUCUAGCUCUCAAAUCAGAUGAAAGGUGAACGGUUUUAUAAUCAGCCACUGGUAAUGGGUGGGGCAGUGUACAUGCAGGGAUGCUACCCACAGCCUGGGCUUUCCCACCGUUGUUAACUCACAGAUCCUGGCCCCCCUGAACAGUGGGCAUUCCAACCUGGAAUAUCAGACCCCACUGACAACCAGCUCCUGGUCUUGUUAAGCUGGGUCGAGGGAAAGGGUCAUGCAGUGUGGGGCUUCAUUGGACAUGUUGCGUCGGGGGGGGGGGGGUUGUCAAUUACACCUGCCAUUUGCUCUGUGCUUAAAGCUCUUGCACCCUCCAACCUCUGGAGAUCUGUUUCCAACUCUAGACUAGCCUACCAGUCCCCCGAGCGGUUCAUUAUUCUGCAAACUGUUGCUCUUUCUCUGAUAAACGUUUGAAUAAACUGUC